GUAAACAGUUGCACGGCGUACUUGCUAGAAUUUGUAGAAACAGUUUAUUAGUGGUCGACUGAAAUCUCUCCUUCAUUUUAGUGUUCCUUGGUCCCGCUCGCUGGAUGUUUUCUGCUCUCCCUAAACACGACAGGCCACUUAUCUGCCAUGGCCGAAGAACACCACGGUGUCGAGGGGGCGGCAGCAGCCGCAGUCCCAUGGCCUCCCCGCGAGAUUGUCAUGAAGGUCGCCGUGAACACAAGAGACACCGUGGCACUGUUCUACAUGUCCUGGAUCGAGGAUGAGCCGGAGUGUGGGCCAAUGUGUGUCCUGCUGAGUCGGCACAAGUACAGGAUUGCGAACGCAGAUGUGCGCAAGUUAACAAUUGUCUUGGACAAACUGAGCACUGCGUUAUCUCAUUCAGAACGCGUCCUGGAAGAUGUUGCAUUCAAAGGCAGCCUUCAAUGCAAACUAGGAGACCUAGAUGGCGGGGGGUUGAAGCACACGCUGUGUCUCGGCUCGGCGUCACUAUUUCCCGGAGUCGGUGCACUGAAGCAGACGGUGUGCGAUGCAGUGUUCCGAGUCUAUGCUACCAAUCACCAAGGAGGUACUGUUGUGAUGUCGAAAAAGGCAGUGUAUACCUGUUACGUGGAGCGCGAGGUGGCAAGCAAUGAUGACGGCGAGCCGCCAGGGCAGGCGAUGUUAGUACGUAACAACGUCUGCAUUGCUAGAGCAAUGAUGGGUAAUAAUAGAUAUGUAUACACUGGACCACCAAUAGCACUGCACCGGGGAUACUACUGUGCGUUUGAAGCGCACAAUCUGACGUAGGGGAAAGGACCCUUACUUGUCGGUACAUGCCCCCAGAGCCUUGGCCAGACUCCUCAAGACUAUGCGAAUCUAACAGCAACGCUAACACCGGAUACGAUCGACCGGAGCAGCAGUUCCUUUGGAGAGCUGCUCAUUGCGACACUACCCAUACAGCUCAGUAUGACUAUGCCCGUUGAGCUCUAACGACUACGUAGCUGAGAUGGCAGUGCAGAGAUGCACUGUCCACAAUGCCAUCCGGUGUCUCACAGCUACCGUUGUAGCACAUGUGCGAGAAGAGCUCGUUUACAUCGUAAACAGAUCGGCGCCAUGCUGGUUUUCAUCAACUCAUCACCCAGAGCAACGACUGUUCGUCUAUGGAUUGAUAGUGCAUUGUGAAAACCUUACUCCAGCUGCGUCCCGUCCAUAUGGAAAUCUGCAGCAGUGACGCAACAAUUAUCCUGCUUUCUAUCACAACUCAAUGCCUCACGGAAGCACUGCCGAUGGAUGACACAUCCAUGCUUGCGAAUUACACUGGGCACUCCACAACAAGCACAAGGCCACAUCAUUUGUGUAUCAAGAGUGUCAGCUUUGUAGCAGUGUGUUGCCUCUGCAUGACACUAGAAUGAAACGGCGACCAAUAGACCUCACCUGAUCUUAGUUGGUUGAAUGGAACGACUACUUAUCUGAUUUAUCAGCACCACGGUCCACCAUAGGAAUUCUUCAUGAAAUACCUUACCGAAUGCUGCUGCCCUUCAUGUACAAACUUACUGCUAUAUUCCAUGAAAGCGCCUCAUGUCGGCUUAGUGAUUUCAAGAGGCCGUUUCAAAGUGCUGAAAGAAAGAAAAUUUUAACUUUGGCUCAAAAAUUCCGAUAUUUUUCAUUGCUGCUAGACUGGCUGUUGCCCAGAUUAAAAUUAUUGUUUACAUUUCAUACGAAAGUAUUCAGACCUGCGAGAAUUUCAGCCCGGAGAAGAUUUAUUUGGAGUUAGCGUAGGCUUCAACGAAAAAAAGUUUUUAUACCACAAAAAUCACAAACAUGAGCUCGUUAGCUGUUCUCAGUGACAUUAUUCAGCUACUUGAAAUGGUUAGGGAACUACCAUGCAGAACUAUCAUUUUAACUUCCCCACACCAUGAUUAUAGUCUCACUGUGCUACGUAUUUAUUUCCUGAUUCCGCGACCAGAGCACAAUUAUGGCACAUGCGCCGCCUCUACCAUACUUUAUCGAUCCGAAUUCAGCACGUACUAGUAUAGUUAGAAUAUGCUUCAACCUUGCAUGCGUUUUACCUGCCCCAUCUCUGUAUUAUUUUCUAGGAAUGAAAACGCAAUUCUGUUGAAUAUAUUAAUUUUCAAUUUUUCAUUAUGGGACUGAGAAACGUAAUGGAUGACUGUAA